CGUCUGCCGACCGUAAAACAUGAGUGCAAAACGAAACCUUGAAGAGGAUGAAGAUGAUGACUACAUCGGUCCGAUGCCCAGCGAGGAAGUAUCUCAAAAGAAACGCAAAGUGCUUGAAUUUGAAAGUCUUUACAUGAAAAAUUUACCAAGUUCAGAAGCUUAUGAGAGGAGUUACAUGCACAGAGAUGUUAUAAAGUUUGUGGCUGUAACAAAGACGGAUUUUGUACUCACGGCAAGCUGUGAUGGCCACCUCAAGUUCUGGAGGAAGACAGAAGAAGCUGGCAUUGAGUUUGUCAAACAUUUUAGAUGUCAUCUAGGCAGUGUUGAGGAUAUGAAGAUCAGCAACAACGGGGAACUAGCUUGUACCAUAUCAGAUGACAAAACCUCCAAAGUGUUUGAUAUUGUCAAUUUCGACAUGAUCAACAUGUACAAGCUUGGGUUCAGUCCUGGAUGUUGCAGCUGGCUCUACAACUCUGGGGACGCCAUACCUGCCCUCGCCAUCACAGAGAAGGAGUCACCAACCAUCUAUAUAUAUGAUGGACGAGGGGAAAGUACGCCCAUACACACAAUAGAGAAACUGCAUUACAAACCUGUCACUGUUAUAAAGUACAACCCCGUGUGUGACCUGGUCAUGUCAGGUGAUCUGGGUGGAAUGGUGGAGGUGUGGUCAGGACCCAAGGGGGAUUACAAGUUUCCUAAGGGUCUUGAAUUCCAGUACAAGACUGAUACAGAUCUGUUUGAAUUUAUGAAGUGCAAGUGCUACCCUACAGACCUGUGUUUCUCCCCUGAUGGUAAAAAGCUAGCUACCCUCGCUACAGACAGGAAGGUACGGAUCUUCAAAGUGCGGACAGGUAAACUAAUCAAGGUGCUGGAUGAGACUCUACAGAACAUCAUAGAUCUACAACAGAUGAAGCAGCAGUUACCGAACAUGGAGUUUGGUCGCCGUCUGGCCAUGGAAAAAGAGCUCGACAAUAACCCAGAGGCCUACAGGCUUGGAAAUAUUUUGUUUGAUUCCACUGGUUACUUUUUGCUGUAUGGCACCAUGUUGGGGGUCAAAGUGGUAAAUUUACACACCAACAGGUGCAUGAAGAUUCUUGGUAAACCGGAGAAUCCUAGAUUCCUUAACAUUGCCUUGUUCCAGGGAUCGGGGAAGAAGGCAAAAGCUGCCCCCGACGCUGAGACAGCAGCCUCAGAUAAUCCUCUCCUUCAGACGCAAGUGCUCGAUCCAAUCUUGUUUGGUGCAGCGUACAAGAAAAAUCGAUUUUAUCUGUUCACAAGGCGGGAACCGUUUGAAAAAGCAGGUGGCGACUCAGACAGAGAUAUCUUUAAUGAAAAACCUUCUAAAGAAGAACUGAUUUCAGCUACACAGGACACAGCGUACACUCGAGUGGCAGAAAGCUGUAUAAUACACACAAGCAUGGGAGAUAUUCACAUCAAACUCUUCCCAAAAGAAUGUCCAAAGACAGUGGAGAAUUUCUGCGUACACAGUCGUGACGGCUACUAUAACGGCCAUAUUGUCCACAGGGUCAUCAAGGGGUUCAUGAUACAGAUGGGGGACCCACUAGGUAAUGGUACGGGAGGUGAGUCAAUAUGGGGCGGGGAAUUUGAAGAUGAGUUUCACCAGAGUCUGCGACACGAUCGUCCAUACACUGUCAGCAUGGCGAACGCCGGCCCCAACACCAACGGAUCUCAGUUCUUCAUCACCGUUGUUCCUACUCCUUGGUUGGACAACAAGCACACAGUUUUUGGCCGAGUUAUCCGAGGGAUGGAAAACGUGCAAGCAAUAGCUAAUGUGAAAAUAAACCCCAAAACUGAUAAACCACAUGAUGAUGUGAAAAUCAUUAAUAUUACUGUGAAAUGAAAUGUGUGAAAUGAGCUGUGAAAAUUGUCAACAUUACUGUGAAAUGAGAUUUGAAAGUUGUCAACAUUACUGUGAAAUGAUAUGUGAAAAUUGUCAAAAUUACUGUGAAAUGAGAUGUGAAAAUCAUUACCAUUACUGUGAAACGAGAUGUGAAAAUUGUCAACAUUACUGUGAAAUGAGAUGUGAAAAUUGUCAACAUUACUGUGGAAUAAGAUGUGAAUAUUGUCAACAUUACUGUGAAAUGAGAUGUGAAAAUAUUCAACAUUACAGCAAAAUGAGAUGUGAAUUUCUUUCAACAUUACUGUGAAAUAAGAAGAGAUAAUUGUCAACAUUACUGUAAAAUCAGAUGUGAAAAUUGUUAACAUAACUGUAAAAUGAAUGGUGAAAACGUUACAUUACUUACAUAUAAACAUUUCAACAUCACUAUGGACUGGAAAUUACUAUAUGAAAUAAUUAAUGAAUUAUUUCCAUAUAAUGUUGUUAAAAACUUUCAUUGAUGUUUAAAAAGGUGGUGAACUGUGAACAAUAUGCAUAUAUUUUUCAUAAACAUCAUGGAAAUUUUAAGUUUUGCAUUUGUUGUGAUAUUUAGAGAAAGAGCAUAUUUAUUAUCACCAUAACGUUAAAAUGUAUACAGUGAACUGAUGCCAAACAAUACAUGGCAUUUUUAGAAAGAAAUAAAUUACUAGUAAGAUACAUAAUAAAUUAUUCUUGUGUUUUGGCGUAAAACUUAAGUGCUUGCCAUCAUCAGGUUUAAUCUGUUUUGCUGACAGAUUAUUUAAUAUAAUUCAUACAACAUAGACAUUCACAUAGAAAAAAACUGUGACAGUGUGAUUUACAAAUAUUUGAGGGAAAAACAGACAUUAAUAUGAAGCCAGCUCAGGGUCAGUGAAAUUUAUACUGUGUACUAUACAACAGGCGACUGUUCACUCUAGUUCACUCUUAAUGAUCCGCAUAGUUAUGUAAAAAUUAUGGAAUUAAAUAUUUUUAUAAGA